AUGGCACCUAUCGGCGAAAGAACACAACGUUUCUUUUUGGGAUUUUUAAUUUCAACGACAUUUACAUCGGCAGUUUAUUCAUAUUCAUAUUUCAGAUAUCUUAAAUACCAUUAUAACGAGCUUGUUAGCAUAAAAUACAUAAAACUUACAGAUAAAUUUUCAGAAAAUCUCAGUAUUAUUGUAAGAGCAAUGAUCAUGCACUACAAAAUGGUAUCAGGAACAGGAUUAGCAAUGUUUCUCGUGUUUUUGAUGCUUCUUUUCUUUACAAUUCAGCAAAUGUAUUACAUUUCAAAGAAUGUUACACAAAUUGAACUUGAUAAGUACGAGUAUGAAGAUAGAAGAAGGAAACAACAAGUUUACGAUCCAGUUAUUAAUAUUUACGAUAAUGGUGUUUUCUGGAACUGGAUGGAGUGUCUUUUCCCACCUAGCCCACAUAAUAAAGCCGACUGA